AUAAUAUUUGAUAUUUCUUCUACAAUUAUUUGUUUAAUUCUGGUUCUGCCGAUCACGCUCCAUCUCCAGACUCGGAUUUUCUCUCUCUAGAUUUCGAUCUGUCGCAGCAUUCAACCCAAUACUCAAUCUUCAUUAAUCUUAAUGCCCAUGGAUCAAGCCGAGCUAUCUACCGACCAGGUUCUGAGGAGAGAUAUUCCAUGGGAAACUUAUAUGACUACGAAGCUGAUCACGGGAACAGGUCUGCAGUUGUUGAGGCGCUACGAUAAGAAGCCCGAUAAUUACAAGGCUCAGUUGCUUGAUGAUGAUGGUCCAGCUUACGUUCGUGUUUUUGUUAGCAUAUUGCGUGACAUAUUCAAGGAAGAAACUGUGGAGUAUGUUUUAGCUCUGAUUGAUGAAAUGCUUUCAGGUAACUGGUUUAUCCAAGAGAAGAGCUGCAAGAUACUUUCUUUGAUUGUAAGUGAAAGGCCAUGUUCGAAAGAUGGUGCCAUUGCCAAUGGGGCAUCAAAUUCGAAGAAGGCGAUCACUACGAUUGAUGAUGUUUUGAAGGCACUGGUUGACUGGCUUUGCUCACAGCUAAGGAACCCAUCGCAUCCUAGCCGUGGCACUCCCACUGCUGUUAAUUGCUUUGCAACUUUACUGAAAGAACCAGUGGUUCGAUCUUCAUUUGUUCAAGCAGAUGGAGUGAAGUUGGUCGUUCCUUUAAUUUCUCCAGCAUCAACUCAACAAUCCAUCCAGCUCCUGUAUGAAACAUGCCUUUGUGUGUGGCUCCUCUCAUACUAUGAACCUGCAAUUGAGUACUUGGCCACUUCUAGAUCUUUGCCUCGGUUGAUAGAAGUCGUCAAAGGAUCCACUAAGGAAAAGGUUGUCAGGGUAGUUAUCUUGACUCUUAAGAAUUUGCUACACAAAGGAACAUUUGGUGCGCAGAUGGUAAACCUUGGACUGCCGCAGCUUGUUCAGAAUCUAAAAGCUCAGGCAUGGAGUGACGAGGAUCUGCUGGAAGCUCUGGGUCAACUGGAAGAAGGAUUGAAAGAUAACAUCAAGCUGCUAAGUUCUUUUGACAAGUACAAGCAGGAAGUCCUCCUAGGGCAUCUUGAUUGGUCGCCUAUGCAUAAAGAUCCUAUAUUCUGGCGGGACAAUGUUACAAAUUUUGAAGAACAUGAUUUUCAGAUCCUUAGAGUCCUCAUCACGAUUUUGGACACGUCCUCCGACCCUCGAACACUAGCCGUUGCUUGCUAUGACCUCUCCCAAUUCAUUCAAUACCAUGCUGCUGGUCGUAUAAUCGUGACUGACCUCAAAGCCAAAGAACGAGUGAUGAAAUUGAUGAACCAUGAGAAUGCUGAGGUCACCAAGAAUGCCUUGCUCUGCAUCCAGAGGCUAUUUCUGGGUGCUAAGUACGCCAGCUUUUUGCAGGUCUGAGUAAUUAAUUUGUUCAUAAAAGUCGCUGAAUGUCCAUGUUUUCUAUUUAUGAGAAUAUACGGAACAAAUACGGAUACAGAGAGUUGUGUGUAUUGUUUAUUUAUUUGUGAUUUGGAGUGUUUGAGCGUGUUUUCGCCUGAUCAUUUUGCUUCAGGUUUUCAUGCGGAUGAAUUUCUGAAUAAAUUACGUUGUAUUUUUCUCAUACGCCCAUUGAAUAAGUCAAGACAGUUUAGUGUAGAAUAUCCGUUGGUCUGUAAUAAUCACAUUAUCUUCUUCCUGCACAAACAUUUGACCUAAAUAUUUCGUAUUUUGUCAUGUCUAUGGAGUUUUUGCUCGAUGCUAGGUUAUUCCUAUCAUUCUUUCGGCUUUUAUCCAUUGUGGAG